CAUAUAUUUUAUUCUACACCUUGUUACGCUAUACUUAUAACACAAUACUACAGUAGUGUGAGGAAUCAUGUUUCUCAACUUAUGUUUUCUUAUAAUAAUUUAUCUAUUCGUUCAAAUAAAAUCUAAUGAUCUUGAACUUGAAUUUCUGGCAGUGAUUUUCCGUCAUGGCGAUCGGAUACCAGAAUCCGGUGAAGAAAAAUAUCCAAACAAUCCUAAUACUUAUUACGAUUAUUACCCAAUCAGUACUGGAGGGCUGACUAAUAACGGCAAAAUGCGAGAAUACAAACUCGGCGAAUAUCUUCGAAACCGCUACAAUGAUUUUCUAGGUGAUUAUUACACUCCAGAAAAUGUGAUGGCUCGUAGUGUAGAAUUCGAUAGAUCAAAAAUGUCUUUGCAACUGGUACUUAGUUCGUUGUACCCACCGAAAAAAGAUCAGAUUUGGAAUCAAAAUCUCAAUUGGCAGCCAAUUUCCAUAGUAUAUAUACCAAAAGUUUUUGAUAUUUUGAUGAUACCCGAAGAAUGCCCUCAAUACAUGGAAGAAUUAGGAAAAGUGCGAAAUCUACCAGAAGUAGUGGAAAAAGUUGACAAAUUUCGACCUCUGAUGGAAAAACUCACUCCACUGACCGGCAAAUUAAUAAACUCAACGGCCAAUUUGUACGAUUUGUAUCAUAGUUUAAUGGCUGAUUAUAUGGGAGGAAAAAAAAUACACGACUGGGCUUUGGAAAUUAUGCCUGAUGGUCCGCUACUUGACGCAACUAUUUUAGAAUACGACACUGUGAGCUAUAAUACAAAACUCAAAAGAUUGUUUGGCGGAAUGUUUAUAAGACAUCUGACAGAUCUCAUGACAGAUAAAAUUGAAAAUGAAAACUCCGAUAAACCAAAGAUAAAUUUAUUUAGCUCACGAGAAACGAACAUUGCAGCUCUUUUGAAAGCUCUUGGAGUAUUCAAACCACACGUGCCAUCUUAUAGCUCCGCUGUUAUUUUUGAAUUGCUAAGCAAUGAGACUGAUAACUAUAUCGGGAUGAGUUAUUAUUUGGGAAUUCCGGCGAUUUCAAAAGAAAUACAAAUCCCCGGUUGUUCUAACCCAUGUCCGUUCGGUGACUUCAUGACGUUGAUGAAAGACUUGAUACCAUCUGAUAAAGAAAUGGAAUGCGAGAAAGGCGGGUCGCUUUAUCGUGACCCAAUAAUAUUUGGCAAAAUGGAGUUCAAAUUUCUAGUAUUUUUACUAAUCACCAAUUUUAUAGCGAGCGUUAUAUCAAACGACUAUGAAUUGAAAUUUGUGGCUGUUGUAUUUCGUCAUGGAGAUCGGACACCAGAAAAUAAUGAAGUUUACCCAAAUGACCCAUAUCUGCAUGAUGAUUUUCAUCCUCUGGGCCGCGGACAAUUGACAGUUGCAGGUAAGCAGCGAGAAUAUCAAUUAGGCCAGGCCCUGCGCUAUCUCUACAAUGAUUUCCUGGGUGAUAUUUAUGUCCCAAAAGAUCUGGUCGCCCGUAGUACAGAAACUGUUAGAACGAGAAUGUCCUUGCAACUUGUCGUCGCUGCGAUGUACCCCCCGAAAGGCGUACAAGUAUGGAAUGACACUUUAAAUUGGCAGCCGAUUCUCACAUCCUAUGUUCCGGAAAUCGAUGACAGCCUUUUGAAAGCCGACUUAUGUCCACAAUAUAAAGAAGAAUAUGAAAGAGUAAUAAAAUUACCUGAAUUUAAACGUGAGCUCGAAAAAUUCCGCCCACUCAUGAAAAAUCUUACAGCAGUGACCGGUAAAGAAAUAUCGACGUCCAAUGACUUAUUUCUACUUUAUAAUGGAUUGACAGCAUUGAAGUCGAUGAAUCGCCAACUUCCCAAAUGGUCCGAAGAAAUUUUUCCUUACGGCGCCCUCUUAGAUGGAGCAAAUCUCGAAUUCAAGUCGCUUUUUUAUAACGAUAAUUUGAAGAGAUUGAGAAGUGGCAUGGUUCUGAAAAAUUUCACCGAUACAAUGAGUGAAAUCGUCAAUGGAAAACUUCGUAACCAUCAAAAAAUGAAUAUUUUCAGUGCCCACGACGCAAACGUCGCGUCUCUUCUUGCCGUUCUAAGUGACCUCGAUCCACACGUCCCGAAAUUUGCUAGCAGUGUCAUGGUGGAGUUAAUUCAGAAAAACAACAAUUACUUCGUCAAGGUCCGUCAUUUCCUUGGAAUCCCGCCGACUGUAAUCGAUUUGCAAAUACCCGGAUGUGAUUCCUGGUGUCCUUUCAAUGAUUUCAUGAAAUUGAUGAAAAAUUAUCUGCCCUCGGAUGAAGAAACAAAGUGUGAAAAAAAUAAUCAACAAUUCGACUCGAUUGUUAUAAAUUAUCCAAAAUGAAUGUGACUUAUAUUUUAAAUACACGAAAUUUAAAUAAAAAGAUGAUUAUCGGAACAGUUCAAAUGUAGUUUUCUCCCGCUAAUGACUCAUCACUAAUAUACUUUAUAAUUCCUCACACUCAUACUU